AUGGCUGUACUGGAUGCUGGCCAGCAGUUCGCCGGCCAGGGCGACCAGAGCAACGAGACGGCCGUCGAGCAGCAGAAGGACAACUUCAUCGCGGACCAGAUCCGCUCGAACUACAAGAAGUUCGCGGGAAGCGACUUCCCCAUCAAGGACGGCAUGGGCGCCCAGGAGCAGUAA